AUGCAGCAAGCGUACUUUGGUCAGCAGCCCAUGUUGCCACCUGGCUGGCAGCUGUCGUACACUGCUGAUGGAAAGCCCUACUAUAUUGACCACAACACCAAGACCACCCACUGGACGAUCCCCCCGACCGCCUACGAGUCGUACUACAACAACGGCCGCGGUCGCGGUGUGGGCUACCGUGGCGGCCGCCAGGGUAUUGAUAGAACGAAGAUGAAGUCCAAAAUGUGCAUCUACUGGGAGAAAAACGGUAACUGCGCAUGGGGAGAUCGCUGCGCGUUUGCGCACGGCGCCGAGGAGCUCCGUAAUCCCGCGAGCCAACCUCGAAGCAAUGCCCCUGCGAGCGCUUAA